GCACUUCCAACACAACUCAAUCGCGCGUCCUCCCCCUUUCUAAUAAGCUCAUUUCCAAGAAGCUGUAGAGCAGCCACAAUGGCAGGGCGGCGUUCCCUGGCUCUGCUCGCCGUCUCCCUCGCGCUCUUGCAGGUCGCCUCGGCGGCGAGGUCCUGGCUCACCGAGUUCACCACGGACGGCACCGUCCGCACGGGGUACGACGCUUCCGGCCAGAAGGUGAUGAUGCUCAACCUCGACCGGAGCUCCGGCCCCGCUGGAUUCAACUCCAAGGAGCAGUUCCUCUACGGCGAGUUCAGCAUCGAGAUGAAGCUCAUCCCCGGAAACUCCGCCGGCACCGUCUCCUGCUUCUACCUUUCGUCCGGCACCGAUGACUGGCGCGACGAGAUCGACAUGGAGUUCAUGGGCAACUCGAGCGGCCAGCCGGUGGUGCUCAACACCAACGUGUGGGCCAACGGGGACGGCAAGAAGGAGCACCAGUUCGACCUCUGGUUCGAUCCCUCCGCCGACUACCACACCUACACCAUCAUCUGGAACCCGGAGAACAUCCUCUUCAAGGUCGACAACGUCUUCAUCCGGUCCUUCAAGCGCUACGCCGACCUGCCCUACCCGAGCUCCAAGCCCAUGACGCUGCACGCGACGCUGUGGGACGGCAGCUACUGGGCCACGGAGAAGGGCAAGGUCCCCAUCGACUGGAGCAACGCGCCCUUCGUCGUCUCGUACCGGAGCUUCUACGCCAACGCCUGCGUCAGCGGCGGCGCGUGCCACGCCGGCAGGGACGGGUGGAUGCACAGGCAGCUCGACGCCGCCGAGUGGGGCACCGUGAGGUGGGCGGAGCGCAACUACAUGCGCUACAACUACUGCCAGGAUGGGUGGAGGUUCUCGCAGGGGCUCCCCGCCGAGUGCAGCCGCAACUGAUGGUCCGCGGCCGGCAUUGAUUACUGCAUUGGUUUCUUUUUCAUUGGAUUUAUGAUUGUUAUUCUUGUUCUUCUUUGUGAAUUUGUGAUUACAAAAGCAGCCCCGCAGCAGCAAAGUGUGGGCGGUUGUUACUAUGAACACUAAGCCACUGUGCUUGUUACUAUAAAAGGCAAACAGAAAUAGUUUGCUUUUAAUGCACAGGCGUGUAGUUGAGUUACCAUUGUGGUACUUAAAAUUACAACUUAAAUCUUGGUAUCUG